AUGUUCGGUCGAGCGUGUCAGCACAGUUUUACACGACCAAACGCUAAAGGUGAAUAUGAAAUCGCAGAAGGCAUCGGUGCCAACAUCUUCAGAGUCAUACUGGAUUAUUACCGUGUCGGCAUGCUGCACUGUCCAGAGGGCGUGUCUUUGGUGGAACUGCGCGAAGCGUGCGAUUAUCUGUGUAUAAACUUCGACUACAGCACCGUCAGAUGCCGAGACCUCAGUGCUCUCCUGCACAAAGGAGGCGUGGCCUACACAACCACGCCCUUUAUCACAUGA